CUAAGUUAUCACAAAAUAAAAAAAAAAACAAUUAUAGUAAAUAAGUAUAAAUAAAUAAGUACUUAUUGAAAUUUUUAUUUAGUGACAAAUUUCAGAUCCUACGUGUUAACGUGGCAUAAAAAUAAAAUAGAUAAAUUAUUUUUUAAAUGAUGUGGACAAAAGUACAAAUAAGAUAACGCAUUAACGCGUGGCUAAAUGUGUGAAGUUGUGUGAUAGUAUAUUGACACUAAUUGUUUAUAAAAACAAUUGAAAUAAUUAAUAUACAAUCCAUUUGAUUUUUUUUUUUUCUCUUUAUAAUUAAUUUUGUUGUUAUUGUUGUUUAUCUUAUUGAAAAUACAAAGUACUACAAUGGCAUUUAGACCACUUAGACAAGAAUAUUUGCAAAUGCCUGUUGUCACACGAGCUUAUACAACUGCUUGUGUAUUAACAACAAUUGCUGUGCAAUUGGAUCUUGUUUCGCCUUUUCAACUCUAUUUCAAUCCAAUUGUCAUUGUUCAACAAUACCAGAUAUGGAGACUCGUAACAACAUUUUUAUAUUUUGGAACAUUUGGUUUCAACUUUUUUUUCAACAUAAUUUUUACAUACAAAUAUUGUAGAAUGUUGGAAGAAGGAAGUUUCCGUGGUAAAACUGCUGAUUUUGUUAUGAUGUUUAUAUUUGGAGCAGUAUGUAUGGUUUUUUUUGCAUUUUUUGUAAAUUUAUUAUUUUUGGGUCAUGCACUGACUCUCAUGUUGGUUUAUGUUUGGUCAAGAAGAACACCAUUUGUCAGAAUGAAUUUCUUUGGUUUAUUAAAUUUCAACGCACCAUUAUUACCAUGGGUUCUUCUUGGUUUUUCUGUACUUAUUGGCAAUGUAAUAUGGGUAGAUUUAAUUGGAAUGGCUGUUGGUCAUAUGUAUUAUUUUGCUGAAGAUGUUUUUCCAAAUCAAAGAGGAGGUUUUCGUAUCAUCAAAACACCAAAUAUCCUUAAAAAACUUUUUGAUGAGCAUCCUGAGGAUCCAAAUUAUGCUCCAUUGCCAGAAGAUAGACCUGGUGGCUUUGCUUGGGGUCGAGGUGCUGAUGCACAAUAAUUUAAUAUUACAGCCAAAAAAUUAUUUAAAAAUUUAUAUAUAUAAAAUAAAUGUCGAGUAAUUCAUUUUCGUUAAAAAAAAAAAUAUAUAGAAAUACUGUGAUUUUAAUUAAACUCACUUGAUUGUCUUCGAAACUUUUUUUUUUUGUUUUUUAUAUCUUUAAAUUAUUAUUUUGGCUCUUGCCAGUAUCAAAUCAAUCUCAACGUGAAUAAUUUAUAUAAAUUUUUUGUGUCGUUUAUUUGUAAGAAAAAAAAAAAAAAACGUGCUUGUACAUAUUUAUAAAUAGUUAAAAUGUAUGAUGAGUAAAUGGUACAAUGUUUUUAUGAUAAUAAAAAAAAAUAAUAACGGGAGAAAAAAAAUA